CUUCAGGGUAGCUUGCGUGUAUAUAAGACCAGAUCGAGCUCUUCGAACGGUGCGUUAUAGACGGAGAAGCAGAUGCACAUCAGAUAGCUAUCAUGGUUCCCAAAUCCAAGCCCGUUAUUAUUGUCGGAGGCGGUGCCUUCGGCCUCUCAACUGCCCUCGAGCUAUCUCGGAAUGGAUACAGCAACAUCUCGGUCUUUGAACAGGAUGACCGGAUCCCCCCUCGUUACUCGGCCGCCAAUGAUUUGAAUAAGAUCGUGCGAGCUGAGUAUGAAGAUCCGUUCUACACCGAUUUGACCAUGGAAGCGAUCGCCGCCUGGAAAACGCCUCUCUUCGCCCCCCACUUCCAUCAAACGGGUUUCCUGCAUUGUGUCUCGGGCGAAGCGCCCGAGCGAGCCGUUGCGACGCUGAAGCGAUUCCAAGCAUCCGCCAACCGCCAUGCUCAAUUGAAACCGCAUGUCGUUCCCCUCGACUGCGAGAACGUCAUCCGUCCACUGUUCUGGCAGUACAAUGGACAAUUUCCUGGGUGGAAUGGUUAUCUGAAUCGCUUUGACGGGUAUGCGCACUCCGGAAAUGCCUUGAAAGCCGUAUACCACGAGACACAAAAGACGGGUGUCCGCUUCUUCCUGGGGGAGCACGGUGCGGUGGCAGAAGUAGUGUACAAGGAUGGUAAGAGCAUUGGCAUCCGCACGAGGAACGGCCGAUUCCACGGGGCAGAGCUGGUCAUCGUAGCUGCGGGUGCUGCGGCAGCCAAGCUGGUGCCGACCAUCGGGGCCCAAGUCGUUGCCAAAUCCUGGUCGGUCGCACACGUCCAUCUCACAGAAGAGGAGACGUCCGCUCUGCGAGGCAUUCCCGUCACCUAUGCGCGAGACCUUGGCUUCUUUUUUGAGCCCGACCCAGUGACCAGACUGCUGAAGCUGUGUCCCAUGGGCGGCGGAUAUGUCAACACGGAUCCCACCACGGGCGUAUCCCAUGCGCCGGACUCCUUCUCGUCCAGUGGAUUCGUGCCCCCCGAGGAUGAAUCCAAGAUUCGGCGGUUGCUCGCACAGACACUCCCCAGUUUAGCCGAUCGGCCGCUCGUCAAGAAGUCGUUGUGCUGGUUUGCGGACACAAGUGACUCGGACUUCAUCGUUGACUACGUCCCGAAUACGGCAUCGUCGGUCAUUGUAUUGUCGGGUGACUCAGGACAUGGCUUCAAGAUGUUCCCUCUAGUGGGUAGCUGGGUAAAGGACCUUUUGGAGGCACCAAACCAGCGACAAUCCGUGGCUCGCUGGCGCUGGAAGCAACCCAAACCCAGCGACGAGAAAUGGGGAGACGAUGUCAGCUGGAGGUUGGGGGCAACUAGGGAAUUUCGCGAUGUUCAGCCGGGACAAUCGAAGCUGUGAUAGGGUUUUGUCAUCCAUACUGAGCGGGUCACUUCACUUUGACGGAGAAUUUUUGGGUUGUUCGAACAUAUAGGUAUGUGCAGGGAAAGAAGGCUGUAGAGCAUAUACAUCCAUUUUGCACAAUGUAUCUCGAACUAGACGUUUGUGUCCCAAUGCAAAUGCGGUCGC